AUUUUCGAGUGAUUUUUCCUUAGUGCGAAAAAAAGCUAACGCAAUUUGUCCCCUUUGAUUAAGUCGACGGAAAAGCAAAUAUAAUGGCUGAAGGUUUUUCUGGCAUGGUGGUUUAAGAAAAAGUAUUUUCAUUCGCAAAGUGCGACUGCAAUUUUCCAAAGUGUGAAAAGUGUCCAUGAAAAGUUCGUGUUCGAAAGUGUGUUCGUGUGAAACGAUGGAGAAAGAAGAUGCCUGUGAGACAGGGAAUAAAAAAGCAAAGUUCGGUUAGGGUAAAAAUUUUAUGAACAGUUUUUGCAUUAAUUUAAGUACACGGGCAGCAGUGCUCUAUAGAAAAGCAAACCGAACUGUGAUCAUGCAAAAUUCCAUAGUGGAAAUGAAGAAGUGCCAACAUGCGAGUGUAGGAAAGGCAGGCCCUCCCCAAGAAAAUAUUCUCAUCGUAAUCAUCGCCGUCGUAAAAAUCAAAAUGGCUGCUAUUGCCUUCACUGGCCGUCGUCGUCGUCGUCGUUUAGUUGCUGCUGCUGCUGCUGCUGCUGGUUGCGAGAUUCUCGACUAUCGUGGCUCUCGCGGUUCACAAGACAGCCGUGCAAUGUAUGCGUGUGAAAAUAAUGACCGUGUUGGUGUGCGUGGUAAUCAGUGCUGAUACCACACUGAACACACACAUCGGAAGAGAAUCGGUGCACUUUGCGUCAUAAUGAAAACAGAUUUUACUCUUUUCGUGCAGCAUAUUGCAAAAAGACCUAUCUGAUGUGCACCAAACAAAAAACUCGGAUAACUAUUAGUGUGCUUUUGUUGAAAAUUAGCCCUUUUGAGUCAAGUAAAUGAAUGAAAAGGUUCCGAGUAUGUUACUGUUAAUCCUGUUAAAUGGUCUUAUAGGAAUCGGUGAUGCUGAUACAACUGCCAACCAGUCUAAUACAUUGAUGCAUACAUAAUGGCGGCCGAUAGCGACGGUGAUUUACAGAAUAAAAAUAACAGCAGCAGCACGCUGAAGGCCGUUGUCAUUUGUGAGGGAAACCUCCAGGAUCCUGACUUUCAAACCAGACUAGAUGGUCUGGUCGCGAAACUAACCAAGCUGGUAGAAGAACCUGCCCACAACGGGAAACUUACUGUGGAUAAGGUUGAACCAUGGAACAGCGUACGUGUCACUUUGUCCAUUCCCAAGGAUGCAGCGGUGAAGCUGCGCAAGCUAGCUGCCGAAGGGAACAGUGCUCUUCGGGCGCUUGGCAUACUGUCCGUGCAGUUGGAGGGCGACACAGUGUUGUCUCUCCGGUUGGUGGGACAAGAAAUCGUACUAAGAACGGAUAAUUCUUCCGUCGCUGGACCAUCUUCUAGCGGUGGUGUAAAUAGUGGCUUAGGAGAGUUAACGCGAAUACUUUCCCAACAACAACAACAGCAACAACAACAGCAACAGCAGCAGCACCAACAUCAGCAGCAGCAUCCAAUACAACUACAACAUGGACAGCCACCUCAGGAAGCGUUGGCUGGUCCAUCGAAGGCUACUCCUCAUUUACAGCCAAAACUGUCACCAGCCCCGGUUGCCACAGUUCCUGUGACGCCGGCAGUUGUGGCAAAUGGUCCGUUGGGGGUAGCCGAAAAUGCUAGCGUUUUUAAAUCUCCGAACACCAUCUGUCCCAUGGACGGCAAGCUACCAGUACAUGUGCCGAAUGUAGUCGAGAGCUGUGAAUACCCUUUCGAGAGUAUGACGCAGGCAAGAGUUAUUCAACGUCGGGAAAAUACUCUCGGAGUAGUGGUACCUGCUGCGGCUCCAGUGCCCAGUUCUAGUUGUGUCACGAAAGUGGUAGUGCCUAGCAGCAAUCAUUUCGUGACCCCAAACCCACCUGCAGCACCCCCAGCUCCACCUCCUCCUCCGUAUCAAGUAGCAGUCGGUGCGAAAAGUACCGCUCCACCAACAACAUCAACGGUGAUAUCUGCUGCUUCAAUAGGUACAGUUUCGAGCGGGAUAGGAAAUGUAGCAAUGACCAGUCCGCUUUUGGUGAAUUUGCUUCAGAACGAAAGCGUUAUUUCACAAAGCUUGGCAGCCGUGACGGGUGGCGUGAAAUCUACUGCGUUGAGUGUGAAGUCAGAGCUUCAUCCUGUGGAGAAGUCUAUUACUUCGGCUAGGAUAACGCCAAACCUUAGUGCAGUGAAUGUUAUAAAUGACAAUGAAAUAAAUUUGAACAAUGUUAGUGGUGGUGGUGGUUUGCAGAAAACAACGUGUAUCGUAACAAACAGCAGUUCUAGUAACAGUAACAAUCCAGUGCAUCCAGUGAUCGAUAACGGUAAUAGUGUCGCCGUGACAGUUGCGCCACAUAGUAGUAAUACUGUGACCACACAACAAACUAUGCUGAUCAACAAUAGUGCCGCCAGUGUUGGACCAAUCGGUGCAUCCGGUACAACGUCUAGCUCGCCGGCAGCAGUGAACAGUACUAGUGCUAACCGAAAUCUUCAAAAUAAUAAUAACAACACGAUGACAAACAGUAGUAGUAACAUAAACAAUACCGCUAGUAACAAUCAGAAUGUUUUAAAUGUGCCGCCUUCUAUAGUAACUCCACCAAUGUCAGUGCCUUCUUCAAGUAAAAACGUUAGUGUGCAACAACAACAACAACAACAUCAACAACAACAGCAUCCAAGAUUUAAUCUCGGCCCCAGCGGGCCUGCUGCAGUGAGGCCUUCCACUCAACAAGUUACGCGACCGCAACAAGCCCUAGCCGCUGGAAUUGUUCAGCAGCAGCAGCAACAGCAGCGACAUGUUCAACAGCAGCAGCAGCCUUCGUCACCACAGGAGCUACCGCAGUCCCAACAGUUGAGUUUGAGUCGGUUUCCAACAAUGCAACAACAACCGCCAAACCUGCCCUUUAGACAUCCGUCAGCAUCAUCUCAGACACCGCUGCAAAAUUCGCGAUGGCCGGCAGUAAGCCAAUCUUCAAUGGAUUCUGCUACCAAGUCCAGCUAUCAGGAAUUUACUCGCUAUCAGAUGCAAUACAACUUAAGCCAGCAACAGUUGAGCAAUAAACAGCCACAUUUAGCAGCAGGACAUCCCACAAGCAGUGGUAAUCCUGCUAGCAGUGAUUUGCUCGGCAGCUUGGGUGAAUUGCCUGAUUUUGGAAAAAAUGAUUUGGCUUCGUUACUGUUGAACAGCGCUGAUUUAGAGGGCGCUUUCCUGGACGCACUGGAUCUUGAUCUCGAGCAAUCUCUGACGCCCACCGGUAGCGGUGGAGGGCUGGUCGCGAAACCGACAGCCGAACGGCGAUGGAAACAGCAAUUUUUAAUCAACCCACUCACUGGGGAGUUAGAGGAAACACACGUGGAGGAGACGGAUGAAAACGAUGAAGACGCAUCUAAGAGUUUUCCAGAGUUUCAUUCGGAAAUGUCGAAUUCUUUGUAUUCGGAUGAUGACACCUGUAGCACUGGUUUUUCCAAAUUUACCUCUGAUGUAAGCGACACGGAACGAUCAACGACGACUGCUGGCGAAGGCAACGCAAGCGCUAGCGGGUUCGUUAAUGUUCUGUCAUCUGCCACAACUCCAAUAAAUACUUCGUUGACUAAACUUGGCAAGCCAGGCAAAGUGAAAAAGGAUAAGUUGAAAGAUGGAUGUAAAAGUGCAACAAAAACGAAAGAAAAGAAGCAACGGGAAAAGAAGUCCUCUUCGUUGUCAUCGGCACUUAAACAAAUAAAGACUAAGGCGAAAAUCGUUUCCGCGGAAAGUGGAGGAGAGUCGCCCGGUAGCCAGGAGAAAAUAAGACUCCGGCUAAAGUUAGACAAGUCUGAAGCCAUUAGCGUUAGUUUAGUUCCGUCUCAAGCUAUUGGCGCUGUCGGUGGCCUGAGCAGUAGCAUUGUCAACAAAAAAGUGCAAUCAUCACCAGUGCUAACAGGUUCGGCACCCGGCGCGCUUGGUGGAAUGAGCAGUGUAGUCGGUUCUUCUUCGUUGAACGUGAUUGGAAUGAAUUCUACCCAGAUGUCAUCUGCUUCUAGUUCGCUCUCUUCCUCCUCAUCUGUCCUAUCCAUUGGUAACACGGCGCAACAACAGCAGCCGCUGUAUCAGCUAACAUCUCAACCUAAUCUUGGUGGCAGCACGUCGUACGCUGGAACCAACAACAGUGCUGGACCAAAUACAUCCAACAAUAGUCCAAAUUUGCAAACAUCGUCUCCCGCUGGCGAGGAGCUUCGAGUACCCCCUUUACACAUUAGUCUGCAGGGUAAAAAUCCCGUAGUCAUUAAAAACUCCCGAAAGGAUCGCAAAAAGAGCCAAAGCGGUGGCGAAGAGGAUAGCGAUGGGAGCAAUCUACAGCUACUCGGUAAAAAGAGUUCGAUCAAGCGAAGCAGUCAUUCCACCGAUAGUCGGCUAACACUGAUUAAAUCGAGUGAUACAGCAACCGUUCGAUUGAAGGCCGAUGAUUCUGCUUCGCCAGCCGGUCCUUCUUCUUUACCCUCAUCACCGAAUCAUCACAAUCAUACGGGCAGUAGUUCUUCGACCAUCCUGUCGACUUCUGCCGGAGGAAUCGGUACGAAAGUAAAAUCGAAUAAAUUAGAAGAUCUGAUCCCGGUUACACACUCUUCGGGGGAGUUGUUAGAUAUCGUCGAUCAACAAUCGAAGCGAUCCGCGACGGAAUCUGUUCAUAGUCCCAACGGAUUGAUGUGCCCUGAAAAGAAGCGUCGGCUAAGUAUGACUGGUCCCAGUGGACUAGCCGAUGAUCUUGGUGCAAAUGUGGGAAGCAACAGUAACAGUGCAGCCACCAGUAUCAAUGAAAUAAACGAAAUAUACGAAACUCUAAUCUCAUCCACCACGAGUGGUCCAAUUGGGUCCACCAACGUAGGCACCUUGCCUCAUUCGUCUUUGCUAGCUGCGGCUACGUCGUCAGCAAAAAACUUGAAGAGCUCCAGCACGAACAACAGUAUCAACAACAGCGCGUUUGGCAAAUGCAUUAGCAACAAUAAAAGUGUGAUCAAGCCAGCGCAGUCGAGCCCAACGACGUCGUCCGUGUCAUCGCCUGGAGCUCUGGCAGCUGCACCGAAUACUUUGAGCUCGACACAAUCCUCGAAACAGCUUACUUCUGCUUCCUCGCCCUCCUCUAUUUCGAUUACCGAGGCAGCACAAAGGGAGAAAGCCACUCUUCCAUCGGGGAAAAGUGAUCCUGAUGAAGUCACUGGAGACGCAAACUCCACUACCAUCAGCGACAGUAAAAAUAACAGCAAUACAUCAACCUCUACCUCAGCACCGGAAGUGUCCGUCAAUCAGCGAAUAAACAAUACCCACCAUCAUCAUCACAAUCGCCCGCCUGAAAAAACAGCAAUAGAUUCGCCUUCCUCUGUCACAAAUUUGGUUGAACCAUCCCAGCAGCAACAGCAGCAGCAGCAGCAGCAACAACAUCAGCCUGCCACAGUCGGCGCUGCUAGUGGAGGACAUAUAGCGACUCAAGGAGUUCGCGGUUCUCCUGGAUCUCAGGCUCAGGGUGAAGAUAGCGGAAUUGAAUCAAUGGAUGCCCUGUCAGAAAAAAGUCCCCACCAACUGUUGUCUCACAGUCCACAGGGUGGCAACGAUCCAGUUUCAAACAAACUGAUUCGAAUGGAUAGCCCGAAGGACAAAGUAACAACCACGGGAGCGACUGAUUCAAAAGAACAACUUCUAAACGAUCCCACAUCUGGAUCGAACAACAACAACAGCCACGCAAGCUUAGACGAGUAUAUCGACAUUGAAGCGGCGCUCGCGAAGAUGGAAGGACUCAAUGAGCUACAAGUCACGGCAACGGCCAAUAAACUGAACGGAGAUCAUUCGGUUUUGAUAAAACCCAUCAAACGGCAGAAUGAGCUGGAUCAUCUUUUAGCGAAUGACCCUUUGCUGAAACUAGAUAAUGCGAAUCUUAGUAAAAUUCUCGACGACAUUGACGAUGAUGAGUUGGUCAUGUCUGACUGUGCUACGGUUGCCUUAAAGGGUAAAAGUAUACAUACGUCUUCCAGUGAAAAUUCAUCCAGAAAGCAGCAUCAGGAGUCGACAGUCAAAGGAGAAGAGGCAGAAGACUGGCUUGGGAAGACAGGAAAAAAGAAACAACAGCAGCAAUCGCUAAAGGGAGCAGUGAACGAUAUACUCAGUAGUAGUAGUAAUAAUAAUCUGGCGGACAAGACCGAGAUUAAGCUGGACACUAAGCAGCUCGUGUUGGAUGAAUGUUGUAGCAAUAAGGAGGUGUUAAGUUUAAAAAGCGAAUGUGAUAGUAAGCUAGUUGAUUGUAAAGCUGUAAUUAAAUCGGAUCCCGAGGAGGCUAUCGUUAGUAAUUUAAUGCAACAGCAGAGCUGUAACAAGAACAGCACGAGUAGUAGUAGUAAUAUCAGCAACUUAUCCGACACGAAAUCAGUCGAUUCUAUCAAGAACGAACUGGACGGGCUAACAACAGUCGCUGCGAAAGACGUUAAAUCCGGAGAUGAAACAGCCGCAGCAAGUGUUCCGGAGCUAAAGCCUCGUCAUGAACAACCGCCUUUGUAUAGCUACUCGAGUGAAAAAGCUCGCGAGCGGCGCUCAGCUGCUAAUUCCACUUCUUCCAACUCCUCAACUCCGGUCGUUCUGGAAAUCAUUGAUCUGGACGAUUCUGGCAAAUCUAGCGACCUCGAACCUCAAACGCAAAAUCAGCCGAAGCAAAUCCAUUCGCCACUUUCAAUUGAUAUUCCACUGCACCCGGAGUCAGCAGAGAAUCGUGUUCGAACUCGUGCUUCUAGUAAGCUAGAAAGUCCCCUAGAGCCACCGAGACAAAGCCCUUCUAUUGACUCACCAGCUGCUGAAAGGUUGAAAAAUACUCUAAAAAAUACUACGGUAGUCGUCAGUACCACGGCAGGAAAUACGGGAAACUGUGGUAACGCUCCUGGAGGGGAUCGGCUUAGUCCGAAGAUGCUUCCGAAAACGGGUAAACGUAAACGGCAAGGAUCGGAAAGUUCAACUCAGUCUUGUGUUAGCGAUGACAUUACUAUUCCAAGUCGAGCGAAAAAACCUCGAAAGGCGGCCACUGCAGCGGCUGCUGUGACAAAUGCCGAAAAGCAGAGGAAACCCGGUGCGGGUCGCAAUGCACAACAUAGGAAAGCAGCAGCAGCAGCAGAAUCGUCGAAUGUACCAGGAGCAGUUCAAUCGACACCAGCAGCUCCAGCGGCGGAAGAUUCAUCCGACAGCGAUGAACCGUUAAUAGAGAUAGCGGGUAAAUUUCGAAACUCUAAACUAACUAAACAAAGUACUUCUUCUACUACCAAUCCUUCUACCACUUCUACAACUACCACUUCGUGUACAAGUGCAUCAUCAACCUACUCCUCAUACUCCUCUACAACAGGUCCCGGGUCGUCGUCUACGUCCGCUAGUGCAGCGACUACUAGUGAAAGAGAGAAAACACUUCGCAAUCACAAAGCACCAACCGCAUCGUCGAAAGCCGGUAAUAGUGGUUUAUCGGCACCCGCUCACAGCGUCGCGCCUGGUAGUGGUAGCAAACAGAAUGCUCAUUCCAGAGCCGCCGCUGCUGCUCACAACGCAUCCGUGUCCAGUAUGCCCAUUUCUGCCACUCCGGUGAACGAUGAAAAAAUAAGCACACGCCGGAGUGUACGCAUGACGACUUCUACGCUGUCUACAGCGGCCAUGAAUAGCAAAGCGAAAGCAAAUGCGUCCCACGUACCGACGGCUCAGAGUUACAAUUCUGCAGGCGGCGCUGGCGAUACACUUCGCGAGACCACAGCGCAUCACAACGCCGUUUCUAACCAUCAUAGAAGCAAUCAUGUAAAUCAUCAGCACACAAGUGCUUCCGCCGCCAGUAUUGCAAAAGGAGCAACCGGAGUAGCAGCAGCAGCAGUUGACGGAAAGGUCAGCACCGGUAACCAUCCAGCCGCUGUUUCCGCAUCACCCGACAUCACCACGGAGGUGCGACGGAAAACCAGAAGUGCGGGGCUUGAACCUACCACCGACGGUCGACGAAGACGGGUAUCCCGUGACAGUAAGUGACCAAUCGCAAACGCCUCAGCCGAAAGUAGCUGCAGCAAUGACAACACCAACACCGCUGGGAAUUUAGGACUUCGUCGCAGCAUUCGUCAGCUGUAUGAUUCACACCAGCGUCAGAAGCACCGUUUCCUGUAUUCACAUUUUUUCGAACAUUCGGAAGACGAGGAUGAACAGAACGAUGAUGAUCAUGAGGUUGAACUCGAGGAGCACACCAACAAUAACAACCUUGUCGUAGGCUUCCUUCGUGGCGAAGAAAAUACGAUAGCGGACGAGAAUAGCAAGGAUAGUGAUGAUCCGCUAUUACACGAAGAGAUAGAUCCCCUCUCCACGGGUGGAUCGGAUCAGCAAACACAAACUGCAACAGCAGCAGCAGCAAUAAGCAACAGCAGCAAUCAACUGGCGGCAUUUGAGGCACAGUGCAACGGGGGACGUCCCGUCAACAAAAUGAAACACGUCGGAGUUGCUGGCAAUAAUGGUGCUAGUGGAAAUAGUACUGCUGGGGCAGCAAACGAGGACGACGAUUCCUAUGCCAGUGAAAUUAUCCUAACGACAAACAGUGAUUGCAGCCUGGACGAGUUUGUGUCAUCGGACGAUGACAGUAAUGUGGAAAUAUCUGUGGUAACUAUAUCUCUGUACUGAUGAUCAGAACAAUUUUCUUCUUUGUAUGUACCUACCGCUGUUAGCCCGCUGUUCUAUCAGGCAGCAGCUUUAGGAAACACGAAUUAUUUUGCUAUGUAUACUUUUUCCGAAGAGACGAGUCAACUAAACGUCUGUAAAGUGUCUUAUUGUGUAACAAAUUGGUUUAGUUGUAAGAUUACAGUAAUGCUAUCUGAACUAAAAGACCAUAUGCCAAAAGCAGGGCGUAACUAGACGGAUUUACAAUGAAAUAUUUUACAGUGAAUAACAUUCUAUCCUGUUUUAUAAAUUAUAUUUUACUUUGACUAACGAAGCUCUUUGUGUGACAUUGCGUGAAAGCCAAUGGUACUUUUUUACGCAAUGUUUCCUUUUUGGACCCUCAGUGAUUCCUGGCAUAUUCGAUGUUUUCAGUUGAAGUCCUAGUCACAUUGUUGAGUAUUACAACAUGCCUCCAGCAUUUAUAAACGGGGCUAGUGGGAGAAGAAGCGUGUUGAUAACACAGUGCAUAAUAAGCUUUGCUGCGCGCGUGGUGCUCGCGUAUUUUAGUCCAUUAUUUCUAGUUGCAAUAAAGGAUAUGCAUGCAAUCUUGCGGCACAUUAUGAGAACUUUUUUGAUUUUAUUCUUGGUUAAUGUUAAUACGAGCUUCAACAGACCAAAAAGCAGAAAAUGCUACAUUCGUGGACAUGUUCUACGUGUUGAUUAUUUUAUAAAAUUUUACAUUUACUGUACGCUUUACGCGUUGCAAGGAGUCCAUCUGGUCGGUUUGCCAGGCUGUUCCACACAGCCUCUGUACUCUGUAAGAGCAUCCUGGGAGAGUGCGACAUUUUAUUACUUUCCCAAAAAAAAUCACAGUUCGUAAACGUUGCUUGGUGAAACUAAAAACAACACUGGCUUGCUUUGCCCUGCCGGUGGGCACAGCUAAAUCAAAUUAUUUUGUUGUAAAAAUUUAAAUUGUAUAUGCGGUCAAACAAAAAAGAAGAAGACAACAUGAUUUUUAUAUGUAUAGUGCAUAAUUUCUAGUAUUGUAUAUAAAAAUCUUUCAAUUACAAGAAGUCAAUAGUAGUUGGUUUUUGUUCAUUAUCGAAACGGACGUUUAAAGAGGUUUGUUUUGUCACUUCAGGGAUUUUUCACUAAAGUGUAGCGUUUUCAGUUUCCUUGUUUACUUUUCCAUAAUAAUCGUAUCGAGCUAUUUGUGUCCCAUUCGAUCCCAACAAUACCGGUCGUACCUUUCUCAACAUACACUAUGUGACAUGUUGAUCGGCGAAAGAAUAUGGCAAACAUUCUAUUUCAACCACUAGUAGAGAGGGUGACAUGUCAUGGAAGUUUGUUCUCAACCUACUACAGCAAAAAAAACACACACUCACGCGUGAACUAAAACAGUGACACAGUUUAGUUUAGGUUGCAGUAAUUAUAACGACUCACUAAGAUUAAUUACACAAACGCUCUGUAUUUACUGAUCAUGUAUACACAGUCUAUUUCUUAUUAUUAUAGAAUACAUCAGAGAAUGCUAAGAAUCAGAAGUAAAUUAUUGAAUAAAUUAAUAACUACAAAUUAAAUUUAUUAAGAUCGAAAUAUCAUCAAAUACGUUAAACCCAUUAAUGCAUCCAUCGGUACAGGUUUGACGAUGAAUGUUGAAAUAAUGAAAUAUAAUAUGUUUAAGGAGAAACCAGAAAAAAACGCGAAAAAUAACAAAAAAUUUAAACGCAAUUCAACGUGGUAAUAUUUAUAAAUAUUGAAUUUAAUUUAAUUACAAUUCACUAAAACACAUUUAAGAAAUGGAACACAUUUGCUUCCCAAUACACACUGCUUGUUGCUGAGCAAGAAAAAAAAAAGAAUUGAAAAGCAAAGCAUUAUUUGUACAUUAUAUUCAUCCAUUGUAAAUUUUUUACCUCUAGAGUGUAAUACAUCUCUUAAAGUGCAACCCUUCCCACACAUGCAUGAAUCACGUAGACACAAACACACAUACACACACACUCACAUAUACAUAUACUAAAGCAAUCGAUCAGUCGAUCGGUCGAUCAAUCAAUCAUUCGUUCAUUUGUUUAGGUCACGAGUAAGCAUUCAUUCCUUUCUUUGUCUUAAAUAGAUUUUUUCAUUCUAUUUAGUUCUUAUUCGUUGCUAUCUCACUUGGUUCUUUCUUAAAGAGAGUUCAACAACGUUACACUUUCCUCUAAAUAUAUAUAUAUACAAUUGCCAGGAAAUAAAAAAAAAACAAAUAAAUUCACAAAUAUACACAAAAGUGAGAGCAAAUCGAGAGAAUGAGAAGAAGAAAAACAACAAGAAAACAACACACGGUGAAGAUAGCGUAAAUUUAUCGGAUAGGUAUGACUUAGGCGGAGAUGCAUAAAAACAUUUACACGCGUACAUUUACAGAACAAAUGUAAAAGUGCAGAAGAUUAUAAAGUAUAUGAAAAAUAAGAGCGAAAAAAUAUAUACAUAGUAAUAAAAGUAAAACACUACAAAUAAGGAAACUAAAAAAAAGAAGAAAAAAAAACAAGUAAGAAUGAGAAUAUGAAUAAGUAAAAAAUUUGUAAUAUUUGUAGAUUUGUUUGUGGACAGGUUAAUAAU